UCUUUUCCGCUGAACUGUCAAAAACUUGAUAAUUCGCAAUGGCCAAGUCAAAGAAUCACACAAAUCACAACCAGAACAGAAAGGCUCAUCGCAAUGGCAUCAAGCGCCCAAUGCGUAAGCGCCACGAGUCCACUCUGGGCAUGGAUGUCAAGUUCCUGAUCAAUCAGCGAUAUGCGCGCAAGGGCAACCUUUCCCGCGUCGAGGCAGUCAAGCGCUACGAGGAGCGCGUUGCCGCCCAGCAAGGCAAGCCCAAGCCCGUUCAAUUGUAAAUUCCAGGCCGCAUUCGUUCUUGAUUUGAGUGAAUACGCGUCUUAGAAUAAAUGAAAAAAACAUUUUAACAAAA